ACCAAUCACGUGCUCAAAACCAUGUCUAAAGCUGAAACAAGAAAAGGGAGAGGAACUUUGAAAGUUUUUUGGUAUUUGUCUGGCGACCACACAAGAACACAAUGAACGGAUUUCAACUGGACCUGAGCCCUUUGAAAGAACCACUGGGAUUUAUACGUGUACUGGAAUGGAUAUUUGCCAUUUUUGCUUUUGCCACAACUGGGGGUUAUUCUGGCUCUACUAGUUUCAACAUUGUGUGCAAGGGCAGCAGUGUCACCCAAGAAAUAAAUGCAUCCUUCAGUUACCCUUUUAGGCUCAAUACGCAGAGUUACAAAGUCCCAACCUGCGAAGCCAAUUCAACAACCUUUCGAACCAGACAGCUGACCGGAGACCAUUCAUCAUCAGCUGAGUUCUUUGUUGCUGUUGGAGUUCUGGCUUUCCUGUACAGCACAGCUACUCUUGUGUUGUACCUGGGUUACCAGCACCUCUACCGUCAAUCUCCUCGCGGUCCUUACAUUGAUCUACUGGUAACUGCGGUCUUCACAUUCAUCUGGCUGGUUUGUUCAUCUGCCUGGGGAAAAGGCCUCAAUGAUGUGAAAUGGGCAACCAGUCCAAAUUCACUCGUGUCCUUAAAUGAAGUGUGUAGGCAAGAAUCGAACAAGUGCACUGCAGGACACACGCCGUUGAUGGGCCGCCUCAAUUCCUCAGUGAUCUUUGGAUUCCUCAAUCUCAUCCUGUGGGGAGGAAACUGCUGGUUCCUUUACAAGGAAACGCCGUUACACAGGACAGCCAAUCAGCAGGAAGGAGCAGGACAGCAAUAAUGAAGCAGCAGCUCACAUCCACAUUCAUCAGGCAGGUGUUGUUGCAGUAUUUAAGUGGUGUGCUACAUUACACCGGGUACACUGAAGUUUUGCAUCUACCUGAUGUGAUGUCACAAACGUACCAAAGGUCUUGGCCGAGAAUAUUUUCAUUACCAUCAGAUAUUUGGAUAUUACACACUAAAGCAAAGCUGCAUAUUUACAGACGGUACAAGGGCAAGCCAAAUCUUUUUGUAAGAUGUUAACAUCAUUACAGUAUUGUAUUACUGUCAUGUUUCAGAUUCCAUGUCAACUUGUUACAUGGCAUGUUUUUUGACUCUUGUUUGCUGAAUUAUAUUUUAAAUUGAAUGUUUAACUUGAAAUGGCUGUUGAUAUGAUACAUCUUUUUAUAACAGUUAUGGUUGCACAAUACUCAUUGCUGUUGUGUUUAGUUAAUUGUAGUUUUUGGGUCUGUCACAAUAUCUAUUUUUUUGUUGUGCAGUAUAUUGCACCAAAAUAUAUCACCAUAAACAAUAUUAUUGUCAUUUUAGGGCCAUUUUAUGCUUUUCAUUAUAUAAUGCCAGAAUGACAAUAUAAUAUCAUCACAAUGCAAGUACGCUCUUCCAAAGAACACAUAAUAUUAUAUUCUUAUGAAUAUUUAAUUUGAUUUUAGUCAUUUUAACAGUUUAAUAAUUAAGCUUUGGAAUCAGAAUGUGAAAAUGUACAUCCUAAAAAAUAAAUA